AUGACUGACUGUAAAGACGGGGAUCCACUGUGAGGUGCCGGACAGACCGUUUACAGCUUGUUGAGGGUGUUGAGAGAGUCCAGUUCUCCUGUUGCUGUCAUGGGCUUCAGGGCGGUGCUGCUGUCCUUCCUCCUGGUGUCCCUGAGCUGGUCCAGAGGAGCCGUCAUCACAGGGGCCUGUGACAGAGACGUGCAGUGCGGCUUCGGUCUUUGCUGUGCCGUCAGUCUAUGGCUGAGGGGUCUGAGGGUGUGCGUCCCAAGAGGUCUGGAAGGGGAUGAAUGCCACCCCUAUAGCCACAAGGUGCCCUAUCCAGGGAAAAGGCAACACCACACCUGCCCCUGUCUCCCCCACUUGGUGUGCACCAGCUACGGUGAAAGCAGGUACAGAUGUACUGAGGACUUCAAAAACCUGGACUUUUAA